AUGUUCGCGAACGACGCCGCGGGCGCCGAUCGGCGCGGGACGCCCGCGAGGCGCGGGCGAGACGAGGACGCGCGCGCGCUCGCGACGCCGCGCGCGGACGCGCGGGCGCGGCGCGGCGAUUUCGCGUCGCCGGUGACGGCGGGGCGAACGCGCGAGCGCGACGACGGACGCGCGAUCGGGACGAUGGAGGAAAGGGCGGGGAUCGGGUCGGCGACGCGCGACGGCGCGCGCGGCGCGGGCGAGCGGGCGAGCGAGGCGAGGGGGGCGCCAAAGUUUUCGUCGUUGCUCUUCGCGUCGCCGGGGGCGAAUCGAGAGACGACGCCGAGCGGAGGGUUGUGUCGCACGGAGAGCCUCGCGGGAGGUGGAUCGACGCCGAGGACGAGCGGGGGGUCGAACAGGUACUUUGGCGGCGGUGGACCGGCGAGCGCGAACCGAGGGAAACUGGAGGAGCGCGCGACGCCGGCGCCGGCGCCCGUCAUCGGAGGGGUGUCGAGCCGAGGAACGCCGCUGUUCGCGCGCACGGAGACGGGUGGGGAUGAUCACACGCCCGGAUUCUUGCGAAGGGCGAUCGAGAAGACGCACGCGGAGAACGCGGCGGGGAUCGACGCGCGAGGAGGCGAGGAGGCGUUGAACUCGUGGUUGGGAGCGCGCGGGGCGAAAGCGAUCGACGCGCGCGGCGCGCCGUCGACGACGAACGCGGCGUUCACGACAGCGGCGGUGUUGAGCGAUUCAGAGGCGGAGCAUUGGGUCACCGUGUACGGGUUUUCAAAGGAUGAAAAGGCUGUCGUUUUGCGCGAGUUUCAACGCGACGGCGACAUCGUCAACUUUGGCGCGUUCAACGACAGUGGGAUCUCAGUGAACUGGUUGCACGUCAGAUUUGCUACGAAAGAAAGCGCCCGUCGCGCGUUGCGUAGAAACGGUCAAAACAUUAGCGGAAUCAUGGUCGGCGUGAAGGAGCUCGACGCCAAGUCCAGAGCGGACGUCGGCGCGGGCGGAUCUGGCGAAGGCAGACUAUCGCGAAACGCGUCCGUGCGGCGCGUGGCGCCGAUGCGCGACGGUAUUUCUCUUCAACCGCGCCAGCGCACGACUUGGGACAAGGUGGUUCAGUUUAUUUUCGGCGCGUGA